AUGGAGUCAAAUCAAGCAAGUCUCUCCAUCCUAAUGUUCCCAUGGCUAGCUCAUGGCCAUGUCUUCCCCUACCUUGAGCUAGCCAAGAAUCUCACCAAACACAACUUCACCAUCUUCUUCUGCUCCACUCCCAUCAUCCUCCAAUCCCUCCCACUCCCCCACCACCUCCCCAUCACCCUCAUCCCCCUCCACCUCCCCUCCCCGCCGGAGCUCCCUCCGGACCUCCACACCACGAAGCACGCGCCGCCCCACCUCAUGCCCCUCCUCCGCGACACGUUCCACGCCUCCAAGGCCGCCUUCUCCGCCAUCCUCGCCUCCCUCCGCCCCGACAUCCUCCUCUACGACGCCUUCCAGCCCUGGGCAGCCGAAGCCGCCACCAAGUUUGAAAUCCCCGCCGUCCACUUCGCCACCACCGGCGCCGCCGCCUACUCCUUCUACUACCACCUCUUCCUUAAAAAAACCACCCCCUUCCCCCACGACGCGCUCUACCUCCGCCCCCACGAGCGGGAAGCCCUUCAGCAGGCCGCUGACUCCAACCUGCGAGACAGCGACCUCAGCGAGGGGCUUCCCCACUUCACUCGGUCCCGCGACAUCGUCCUGAUGAAAACGUCGCGGGGUGUGGAGGGUAAGUAUUUGGACUACUUGUCCCUCUUGUGUAACAAGAAAAUAGUCCCGGUGGGCCCACUUGUUUCAACAACAGAAAAAACAGAUUCAGACAUCAUGGAUUGGCUAAGCAAGAAAGAGAGAUCGUCAACGAUUUACAUCUCAUUUGGAAGCGAGAACUAUUUAAACAAGAAACAAGUUCAAGAAAUGGCUAAAGGUCUAGAAGCUUCGAGAGCCAACUUCAUAUGGGUGGUGAGAUUUCCAUUAGGGGAGAGAGAGGAGGAAGAAGAAGCGCUUCCGCUAGGGUUUGAAGAGAGAGUUGGAGAGAGAGGGAAGAUUGUGGAGGGGUGGGCCCCGCAGGCGGAGAUUCUGUCACAUGAGAAUGUUUGUGGUUUUGUGAGUCACUGUGGGAUGAGUUCGAUGAUCGAGAGUGUGUAUUUUGGGGUGCCGGUGAUCGGAGUUCCGUUCAAGGUGGAUCAGCCGUUGAAUUCGAGGGUGCUGGUGGAGGCCGGGGUCGGGGUGGAGGUGGUGAGGGAUGACAGCGGGGAUUUCCGAGGAGAUGACGUGGCGGAGGCGAUCGGGAGGGUGGUGGAAGGUGGGGAGGAGAUGAGGGCGCGGGCGGCCGGGAUGAGGGAGGCGAUGAGGGGGGAGGAAGAGUGCGCGGUGGCCGAGGCCGCCGCGCAUCUCAGGCGGAUUUGUAGGGAGGGUUUUGUUAAACAUGAUAGGUGUACAAUAGAGAAGAAUGGCUUUGGUUCGACGUUGUUUCAUUAG